CUGCCAUGUGCCACUUUCAGGUCUCCUCACACACUGCUGGUGUGUUCCAUUUUUUGUCAUAGGGUGCUGGCAGAUUACGGGCCUCCCAUUGCUGCUGUCUCCAUCGCCACACUCUGCCAUGUGCCACAUUCAGGUCUCUUCACACACUGCUGGGUGCUGGCAGAUUACGGGCCUCCCAUAGCUGCUGCCAGGCCCCUAAUCUGCCAUGGGCCCCUAUAUACCGCCUCCUCAUGCUGCUGCCAAGUCCAGAGUCUCUCAUGGGUCCCUGUACGGCCUCCCAUUGCUGCUGUCUCCAUCGCCACACUCUGCCAUGUGCCACUUUCAGGUCUCUUC